GUACGGUGUUAAAGGGCCGGUGUACAUGAAGAAUCGAGAGGGUGAGGUGGUGUCGGCCGGACAGGACGGUUUUUGUGAGUGGCAGAGCGGCUCCGUGCGGCGACACUCUGACCACAUCAGCACCACGUCCAGCUGCGGCACCUCCACCUUCAGACUGUUCGACCACAUCACCGUGCGUAUCUCGGUGCGCUCGCUGCAUUGCCACGCGGACGCUCUGAACCUGGAGGUCGUCAGCAACGAGCCGCACCGCGGCACCGCAGAGCCUCAGCGGCCGAGCUCGCAGGGCCGCAGCCGGCUGGUCCAGGAGGUGGUGCGUCUGGCCGAGGAGGCGACCCAGCAGGCCCAGGAGAAGGCGGCCCGGCAGCCCAAACUCUCCAGAGAGGAGAGAGAGUUCAGCCAGAGCAAGACUCCCAAUCUGUACUCUCUCCUGGAGGAGGUCCGGGAGCUGGCUCUGCUGGACCCGGAGGCCGCUUCACGGGUCACUGCAACGACGGCGUGAAGCUGCGUAAAGUUUUUAAAUAGACGACUGGAAACACGAACACAUAAUCAGAACUCCUUCAUACGUUUCUUCAGCGUUGAGUGAAUCAUGAUGGAAGAUUUUAUCAUCCGCAUACUUUUUAUCAUUUAGACAAAUGUUCGAUAAUGCAAAGUGUGAAUUUGUUAUUUGAUAUUAAAUGAGUUUAUUACGUUGGUCCACAGACUCUGAUUAUUACAUAGAGAACAUAAAUGUAUUAAUGAGAAGAUGAGAUCAAACUUUUCUUCAUAAUGUUUAUUGUUUGGCAUUAAAAAAACCAAAGAUGGAAACUAAGCCUCGAUUGAUCAAUAACACAAAUGAGAACGUGUCGUGCUGCACUGAUUAUGACGUGAACAACAAAGAUAUUAUGUACAAGUAACACCGACAUUUAU